GCCUUUAUAUCGUGUUCCAAAAUUUCCAUUUCUACGUUCUACAUUCCAUCUCCCCGUUUACCUUCUGCAAAUCCUCCACAAAAUCUACAACUCCAAUUCCAAUUUUUCUUUACUGCAUUCGACCACAGCUCAAUUGAAACCCUAAUUUCGCCCAAUCAAUGGAUCGAGCUCUUCAGAGAACUAAAAUUCUCUCCAAUCACCUACUCCAAUCCUCCAUUUCAUCUCCACUGAAUCCUUGUCUUUUCCCAAACGCAUGCGUAAACUACACGCCGCCGGAACUCAGGGAGAAUUAUGCAUUCGACGUCAAGGAGAUGCGGAGGCUGCUCGUCGCGGACAAUAUUGAGGAUCGCGAUUGGCUGUUCGGGUUGAUGAUGCAGAGCAAGCUUUUCAACCCUAGGGAGAGGGGAGGUCGGGUGUUUGUGGGGCCGGAUUAUAACCAAUCCAUGGAGCAGCAGCGGGAGAUGACUAUGAAAAGGAUCAUGUAUUUGUUGGAGAAGGGGGUAUUCAAGGGGUGGUUGACGGGGGAGGGAGAAGAGGCGGAGUUGAGGAAGCUCGCAUUCAAUGAGGUUCUGUCGAUUUAUGAUCACUCCAUUGGUAUUAAGAUCGGAGUUCACUUCUUUUUGUGGGGCGGAGCCAUCCAGUUUUUUGGCACAAAGCAUCAUCAUGACAAGUGGCUGAGGGACACUGAAAAUUAUGUGAUCAAGGGUUGCUUUGCAAUGACUGAACUGGGCCAUGGAAGCAAUGUUCGAGGAAUUGAAACAGUCACCACAUAUGAUUCUAGCACAGGAGAGUUUGUGAUCAAUACUCCCUGUGAGUCAGCUCAGAAGUAUUGGAUUGGUGGGGCAGCUAAUCAUGCCACACAUACAAUUGUCUUUUCACAGCUAGUUAUCAAUGGAACCAACCAGGGGGUCCAUGCAUUUAUAGUACAGAUCAGGGACACUAAUGGUAAUACAUGCCCGAACAUACGCAUUGCUGAUUGUGGUCAUAAAAUUGGUCUAAAUGGUGUUGACAAUGGUCGAAUAUGGUUUGACAAUGUCAGAGUUCCCAGAGAGAACUUGUUGAAUUCAGUUGCAGAUGUUUCACCUGAUGGACAAUAUAUAAGUGCAAUUAAGGAUCCAGAUCAGAGAUUUGCUGCAUUUCUUGCCCCUUUGACUAGUGGUCGUGUUAAUAUUGCAGCCGCUGCAGUUGAUCAAUCAAAGAUUAGUUUAGCUAUUGCAAUAAGGUAUGCAUUGACAAGGCGGGCCUUCUCGCUCACACCAAAAGGACCUGAAGUUUUGUUGCUUGAUUAUCCAAGUCAUCAACGGCGAUUGUUGCCUCUCCUUGCAAGGACCUAUGCAGGGAGUUUUGCAGCAAAUUACCUGAAAAUGCUUUAUGUGAAGAGGACACCUGAGUCAAACAAAAAAAUUCAUGUUAUCUCAAGUGCAUUCAAGGCCAUUCUCUCAUGGAAUAACAUGAGAAUACUUCAGGAAUGUCGUGAAGCUUGUGGAGGACAAGGAUAUAAGACUGAAAACCGAAUUGGUCAUCUGAAAGGUGAAUAUGAUGUGCAAUCCACUUUUGAGGGGGACAAUAAUGUUCUGAUGCAGCAGGUCAGCAAGGCACUCUUUGCAGAAUAUGUUGCUGUUCAGAAGAGGAAUGGAGCUUUUAAAGGUUUGGGCUUAGGACAUAUGAAUAAGCCUUGCCCUGUCAUUCCAUCACAACUCACAAGCUCUACCCUCAGAUGCAGCCAAUUUCAGAUGGAUGCAUUCUGCUUAAGAGAGAGAGAUCUUUUGAAUCAUUUUGCCACUGGUGUAUCCCAAUGUGUAGUGAAGGGAGAAAGUAAAGAGCAUGCAUUCAUUAAGAGUUCUCACCUUGCUGAAGACUUGGGCAGAGCUUUCUCUGACAGAGCAAUAUUCCAAACCUUUAUUGAGGCAGAAGCAAGAUUAUCUCAUGGUCCAUUAAAGAAUGUCUUGGGUUUGGUGAGAUCCAUGUACGCCUUGAUUUGUUUGGAAGAAGAUGCUGCAUUUCUACGAUAUGGCUACGUAUCUGUUGAGAAUGCGGCAGCUGUGAGGAAAGAAGUAACUGAACUUUGCAGUGAACUUCGACCACAUGCACUUGCCCUGGUCAGCUCUUUCGGCAUUCCGGAUGCUUUCCUCAGCCCUAUAGCAUAUAAUUGGAUAGAGGCAAACUCUUGGUCUUCAAUUAAGCACUCAUAGAAUGCGAUUGAUCUGUUUUAAAAAUUUUUUUUGAACGCCAUCUGUUUUAAAAUUUUAAUUGAAGCAUAAAUGCUCGUUGCCAUACACCCUAGUAUUUUUAAAUAACAGAAGUCUGCAAUGACUCUUAUGAAAUUACAACUGAUUGUAAAAAUUAUUUAUUCAUAUAAUUAAUAAUCCAUGCAUCAUUAG